UGCUCGACGAGGUGAGAUGUCACGAGCGUCAGUGGCGACGUGGAGACGCGGAGCUAAUAGAGUCAAUACAGCCUCAACUUCCACUGUCAAACACGCGCUACUGGACAUUUACCAUCACUAAUUACAACUCAUUUACUUUUAUUCGUCUGAGAACACAUAGGCACCUGUCUGAAGAACCGCGAGUAGCCUUUGUGAGGCGCUGUCAAAUCUGAUAUUCAUCAGGUUUUGCUCGGCUGAUAAUGAGGCUCUGAGGAAGUCUCUGGUGGUUUCCGAGGGAGAUGGGUGCAAACACCAGUCAGGUGAGCGACCUGUCAGAGAGCCAGAGCAUCCGCACUCUGAUUGGUCCAGACGCCAUUUCAGAGAAUGAGCCCUUCUGGAACCAGCUGAUCUCAUUCACCUUCACCAGCCCCACCUGCAGUGCUGAUGCUAAACUCUUGGAGGAGGCUGUCGUCCCGCUGGCCAAGACUCUGAUUCAGAACAACCCCAGGUCCGGGAACUUCGGGGCGUUGGUGAGAGUUUUUCUCAGCAGAACCAAAGAACUGAAGAUUUCCACAGAAUGCCAAGAUCAGUUGUUCAUCUGGCAGGCCCAUAAUGCUUUGUUCCUGGUGCGCUGUUUGCUGAAGGUCUUCAUCAGGGAGAUGAAUGAAGAAGAGCUGCACUUACAGUUCUCCUACCAGGAGAGGGCGCCAGGAACCUACGACUCCAUCUGUGAGGAUCUUCUGGAGGAGCUGGUCUGUAAUUUGGUGCAUCUCAUCGUCGAAGUGCCGCUUCUUGAUAUCACCUACAACAUCCUGUUUGAAGCUGUGACCACCCUUCUGGUGCUGCUGUCCUAUCAGCUCUUCCACAAGGAGGUUCUGAGGGAGGGGCUUAUAUACGGCUACCUGACCAGAGGACGAUGUCUGUCUCUGACGAGUCGUCUGGUGAAAACGCUGCUGUAUAACUUCAUCAGACAGGAGAAAUGUCCUCCCGCUACACACGUGUUGCAGACGCAGUCAGAUGGAGGAGGCCUGCUGUACGGACUCGCAUCAGGAGUCGCCAGUGGAUUGUGGAGCGUGUUCACAUUAGGCGGAGUCGGCAGCAGGCCAGGAGCGGAGCAAGAUCUGAACCCUCUCCCGCUGUCCAAUCAGAGUCUGCUAUUACUGCUGGUUCUGGCCAAUCUGACCGACGGACCAGACUGUCCGAACCCCUACCGCCAGGCUGUUACCUGCUUCAAAAACACUCAAGAUUCCUCGUCCAUCCCGUCUCCUCAGCCUCACACGUUUCAGAUCAACUUUAACAGUCUGUACACAGCGCUGUGCGAGCAGCAGAAAUCAGACCAGGUGACGUUACUGCUCUACACGCUACUGCACCAGAACAGCAACAUGAGGACGUACAUACUGUCCCGCACAGACAUGGAGAACCUGGUGUUGCCGAUUCUUGAGAUCUUGUAUCAUGUCGAGGAGAGAAACUCUCAUCAUGUGUACAUGGCCCUCAUCAUCCUCCUCAUCCUCACGGAAGACGACACCUUCAACCGCUCCAUACAUGAAGUGAUGUUGAAGAACAUCUCAUGGUAUACGGAGCGCGUUCUAACGGAGAUCUCUCUGGGCAGCCUGUUGAUCCUGGUUGUGAUUCGGACCAUCCAGUUCAACAUGACACGGACCAGGGAUAAAUACCUCCACACGAACUGCCUGGCUGCCCUAGCCAACAUGUCGGCCCAGUUUCGUAACCUACACCAGUACGCCGCCCAACGAAUUAUAAGUUUGUUUGCUCUGCUGUCAAAGAAGCACAAUAAAGUUCUGGAGCAGGCGACCCAGUCCUUGCGUGGGCCUUUGGGAGCAGAUGACACGACCGUUCUGCCCGACUAUUCAUUUUCUGUGUUUUUCCCUCAGGCUCAGGAUCUGAACGUCAUUGAGGAGGUGAUCAGAAUGAUGCUGGAGAUCAUAAACUCCUGUUUGAGUAACUCGCUCCAUUACAACCCAAACCUGCUGUACGCGCUGCUCUACAAGCGGGAGCUCUUCGAGCAGUUCAGAUCGCAUCCGUCCUUCCAAGACAUCAUGCAGAACCUCGACACGGUGAUUGGAUUCUUCAGCCAGCGACUGGAGCAGGCAGGAAGUGACCUGUCAGUGGAGAGAGUUCAAGAGGUCAUCAAGAAAGGUGCGGCGGCCCUCCCUAAAGAGCGUCUGAAGAAGUUUCCAGAGCUGAAGUUUAAGUAUGUGGAGGAGGAGCAGCCGGAGGAUUUCUUCAUCCCGUACGUCUGGUCUCUGGUCUUUAACUCUGGAGUGGGUCUGUACUGGAACUCUCAGGGCAUCGAGCUGUUCAGCAUGGACUCGCCCUGACGGGCCGCCCGACUCUUCAGGUGUCUGUCUGUGUAAGUGCCUACACACAGCUCACGCAUCGCGUAUCCAACCUCGGAGCUUCCGUCCUCAUCGCACCGUUCAAAGGGCUGCAGGUCGCUGGCUGCACUGAAUUCUGGGAUUGGUACAAUUUGGGGUUUCAGUCACAGGUCUGAUGUAGCUAAAACACUUCGGUUGAUUUGUGAUAAUCAUUCGUUUGUUUGCUUGUUUCUGUUUGUGGGUCACAUGUGGGGAAAAUUAGUCAAACCAAAAGAUUUCCUAACUGACGGUGAACAUAAAUCAUACUUUGACCCCAUUAGAAAUGAUUCUUAAAGGAAUAGUUCACCCAAAAAUGAAUGUUUGCUGAAAAUGUGGUCAACCUCUGGUCAUUCUAGAUGUAGACGUGUUUGUUUCUUCAGAAAUGUAGCAUUGCAUCACUCGCUUACCAAUGGAUGCUCUGCAGUGAAUGGGUGCCGUCAGAAUGAGAGUCCAAACAGCUGAUAAAAACAUCACAAUAAUCCACACCAGUCCAGUCCAUCAGUUAACAUCUUUUGAAGCCAAAAGCUGCGUUUUUCUAAGAAACAAAUCCAUCAAGACAUUCUUAACUUCAAACCGUUGCUUCCGACUAAAAUAUGAGUCCUCUAUCCAUAAUAUUGCUUUCUCUAGUCAAAAAGACUGAAUCAGGAGAGAAAUAUGCACUGAUCAAGCACCGUUUACAAGCAAAAACAGCUCUAAACAAAUCUGUGAGUGGAUUUUGAUGUGAAAGACAACAGGAGAUGGACUUUUUCACUGGAGGAAACAUUAUUAUGGAUUAUGGACUCAUAUUUUGGCCAAAAGCGAUGAUUUAAAGUUAAAAAUGUCUUAAAGAUGGUUUAGUUUCUUAAAAAAACACGCAGCUUUCGUCUUCUCAAGAUGUUAACUGAUGGACUGGAGUGGUGUGGAUUAUUGUGAUUUUUUUUUUUUUUUUAUCAGCUGUUUGGACUGUUUGGAGGAAUGCUACAUUUCUCCAAAUCUGAUGAAGAAACAAACUCUUCUACAUCUUGGAUGGCCUGAGGGUGAGCACAUUUUUAUUUUGUGUGUACCAUUUCUUUAAUGAGCUGAUUAUUAUGCACAGCUUUAUCACAUAUCACUCUAUAUAUAUAAGUUACAAAUAAAUGAUAUGUGACCAUUUUUGGCUUGUUUUAUAGGAUGCUUUGCUGUUUUAAAUUAAUUUAUUUAUUGUCAUUAUAUUUAGUUCAUUGUACCCAUAUACUGCCCCCUAUAUAAUCUACACCUGAGCGUCUGCACAAAGAAAAACCAAAACAUUUUUUAUAUAUAUAUCAGACAAUUUCUUUCCUGGCGUUUGCCAUUCAUCUUUGCCACUUGGAAAAAUAUCUUGCAUUUAAGCGGUUUUCUAAGCAUAAGAAGAAGAAUAAUACAUAUUUAGAUACUUGUGUAAUUAAAUAAGCAAAUUUCCCAUGUAAAUUCAGUUUAGUGUAUGAUUUAUGUAAAUUAGAUUCUGAUAAUUGCAUGUACAUUGUUGUAUAGAGAAAUAUACACUGCGUUCGUUGCAUUGCUGUUUAUUCCCUCAGAUUUCGUUUUUAGGUACAGAGAUGGAACAUCUUUCCUGUCCUGCGAAUAUAAUUAACAAAGCGUAGGGUAAAUAUUCCCCCGUUACUGAUUUGUUUAGGUCUUAUUACAUCCCUGUUACACUGCGGCACAAACUUACAGCAUAAACAGACCAUCUUUACGCUUUUCUUCUUUCUUAAUGAGUUUAGUUUUCUUUGCAGGUCCCUAUAGGAACUUUUUUUUUUUUUUUUUUUUUUUGUAUUUAAAUUGAAUUUCAUAUUUAAUGUUUAGAAAGUAUAAUUAGUUUCCCUGUAUUUUGCAUAGCAUCUGUUUAUUUUUUUCCCUCUUGUUUUGGAUUCAUUCUUGCAGAUUUAUGUAAAAAGUAAUGAGAACAACUAUUUAAAAAUCGCAAGAAAAUGACAUUUGCAAGUUUAAGUUGUUGGAAAUGAAUUGGUGAGUGUUUUCACAUGUUUCUUUGGUUUCACUGACAGAACUAAUAAAACUGGUUUAUGAGUUUUGUUUGCAUUAGUUCUGACUGAUUCUAGAGUGUGAAAUAUCACCAAUAAAAUAACAGCAAAACUCCUGCUAUAAUUUUGGCCUUUCUUGUGGUUCUUUAAAGUGCAUAUCAAAUCUUGUAAUUGCUUGAAGGCCUGUAACUGUUCAUUGAAGAAUAUUUUCUUUGGAGAAAAUGAAUGUGCUGAACCAGUUCUGCUGAAAAAAGAGGACAGUGACUGAGCGCUUUCCAUUACAGAAUAAAUGAAUCAUGGGAGUCAAAUACGCCUGUGAAAUGAAGCGUUUCUACAACGGCGUCAGUAACUGAAACCUUUUGUGAUGCUUCUUCCGCACGCAUCAGUACAAACUCGACGCAACAUCGGCAAAAGUCAUCACAAGUUAAAAAGUGUGUGUUUGUGUUUGGAUUUGUUGGUCUGAUUUGAAGUGACACUCAACAAAUGAGAGCUGUUGCUGUUAAAAUGAGUUGUUUAGGAGAUAAAAGCUGACGGCGUUUGUGCGUUCUUCUGCAGGAAUGCACAGGAAGCCGGCGUUUACUGUAAUUACAGCUCACAGACAGAAAGUUUCCAUCAGAGACGCUCCAUUCAAACAGCCACAGCUUCACGUUUCACCACGUUAUACCUGUAUUAUGUUCAAGAUCUGAACUCCACUAACGGCAACCGCGUAAACACCUAGUUCUGUUUAUUGCAAUUAUUAGUUUUUGUCAUGUUAUUUAUUUUAUUUCUCAUUUUCUAUUCAUUACUGUUAUGUUUUCACCACUGUUAUUUUAGUAUUAGAAUUUUAAUUUUUAGUUGCUUUUUAUUUUUGUCAUUUUUAUUUGUUACUGAUUUUUUUUAAAUGUCUUUUUCCAUUUUUAUUUUAGUUUGUCUUAGUUUAGUGUUUUUUGUUUGUUUUUGUUUUAGUUUAUCAAAUAAGUAUAUUUUAUUUUAUUGCAAUGAAUGUU